CCUCCGUCCGUCUGACUGUCUGUCUGUCUGUCGGCAGGAGACACGACGACAUGCUGCUGCUGCUCCACACCUUCUCCUCCAUCGGCCUCCUCUCAGCCGUGCUGCCAGGUGUGCUGGCGGUCACCAUGGAGACGGCGGUGGGCGUGGCCGGGCAGGUGGUGACACUGCCGUGUCGCCACGAGACAGCCAAUCAGAGAGGAGUGGAGGUGUGCUGGGGGCGGGGCAAGCCAUCGCUCUUCACCUGCCACAACACUGUGAUUGACAGCAACGGGCAGCAAAUCACGUACAGGAGGUCACACAGGUUCUCGCUGUCGCCCUCGUCCUCUCUGUCCAUCUCCAGCUCUCAGCCCUCAGACGCUGGUCUUUAUCACUGCAGAGUUCAGCUGCCUGGACUCUUCAACGACCAGACGUCCUCCGUCCACCUCAUCAUCAUCGACCCUCGCCCAGCGGUCUCCUCAGAACACUCUGAGGUCUCAGACGACAAGGGGAACCUGAAUGCACCACAGACCACAGCAGGUGACAUCACAGAGGGCGGUGAUGUCACAGGAGGCGCGCCCACAGAGCCAAUGGUGGCUCAGGUCCAGCCUGUCCAGCAGCAGGAACACGUAAACACUCUGCAGAUGUUUGUUGGAAACACAAUGAGACUUUCCUUCAUCGUCUUCAUUCCUGCUCUGCUGCUGACUGCUGCCUUCAGAGUUUGGAGGCUGAAGCAGAGAUCGGAGAGCGACCGGAGGACGGACCAAUCAGAGGAGGAGGAGGGCAGCAGCUCCGUGUGAACGUCAUCAGAACGUUUAAAUGACCUGGUUUAAUGCUGCUCAUCAGUCAGAUCAAGUCAAAGACCAGGUCAGACUGGGGAUGAAUCUGGACCUACUGCUCUGAACAAACCAGGACGGACUUGUAGAAGAUCUGACAAACCGUCCUGGAACCUUCAGCUGCAGAACGAUGAAGAGGAGCCACAUGACCUGACCGAGGCUCUUCACGUUGUCCUGAAUCAGAAAAACUAAUUAGAAUGAAGGUUUUUAUUUUGUCAAAUUGAUUCACAAAGGACACAGUUCUUCUGUUUUGUUCGUUGGUUGUUUUGCACGUUCAGUCUGUUCAGUGACAUGAAAUCUGCCCCAACGUGAAACCGGUUCUUCUUCUUCCCUGUGUUCACACACACAGCUCAUAUUUGCUCACAUGUAUAAAGAGUUCAAGGUUUUCCAAUUGUUCUCCUUUUAUUAAAUGAUUUGUAAAAUAGAACUCAUGACUCAAUUAAUAAUAAACUUGGAUUGUGUUUCAGAC